AUGACCAAGUCCAAGUCCAAACUAUACGACGUCGUAAUCGCCGGCGCCGGACCCGUCGGCCUCUUCCUCGCGCACGAACUCAGUCUCCGCCAAAUAUCCGUCCUAAUCCUAGAACGAACAAGCCAACAAGACUCACCCUGGAAAUCCGGCCCUCUAGGCCUCCGAGGCUUAAACAUCCAAUCCAUCGAAGCAUUCUACCGCCGCGGUUUUCUGGGCCAAUUAUUCAAUCUGGACGAAAGGCCGAAAUGGCAACCGGGCAAGAAACCGGGUUUCCAAUUUGGCGGCCAUUUCGCCGGCAUCGCGAUCAACGCUAAUCAGUUCGAUUUGCAACGCUGGAAGUACCGUCUUCCAGGUCCGGCGCUUGGUCCCGGCGUGAAGAUUCUCCGCGGUCGGUCUGUGAGGUCGAUUGCGCAGGAUGAGACCGGCGUUACGGUCGUGACAGGUGGUGACCAUUCCGAGUCAUUUCGAGGUAAAUGGCUCGUUGGCUGUGACGGUGGGCGCAGCGUUGUUCGAAAAGAAGCUGGAUUCGAAUUCGUCGGGACAGAUGCCCAAUUCACCGGGUACGCAACGCAUAUCGAGAUAGAAGGUCGUGAGAAGUUGAAGCCUGGAUUCAACGUUUCUGAGACAGGGAUGUAUAUCAACGUGGUGCAGAAUGGGGCUUUUCAUCUCCUUGAAUUCGAUGGGGCGAACUUUGAUCGUGCGGGUGAUAUCACGCUUGAGCAUCUUCAAAGGGUUCUUGAUCGGGCGAUUGGUCGGACGGAUGUGAAGAUUACCAAGGUUCAUCUUGCUUCUUCUUAUACCGAUCGUUCAAUGCAGGCGACAAGGUAUCGGAAGAACCGUGUUCUUCUUGCCGGUGAUGCGGCGCAUAUUCACUCUCCGCUCGGCGCGCAGGGACUCAACGUCGGACUAGGCGAUGCGAUGAAUCUGGGGUGGAAGCUUGCUUCUAUAGUCCAGCGUGAUGAGGACCAAGGAGGUGAUGCUGGGGAUAUGCAGGACCUGGCUCUUCUCGAUACCUAUGAGAACGAGAGACACCCGGUUGCUGCAUGGGUCCUAGAUUGGACUCGUUCGCAGGUCACGGCGCUGAAGCCGGAUGCCUUUGGACGGGCUACACGCGCCCUGAUGGAAGAUCUUAUCAAGACGGAUGAUGGGGCUAAUCUCUUCAUUGACCGGGUCUGGGGACUUUCGCAGCGGUAUACGCUUGGUGAAGAGUCGAGACAUGCACACCCGCUUGUUGGGUCUAGUGCACCUGAUUUUGAGUUUGGAGAUGGGUCCAGGCUUGGAUCGAAGCUUGAGGAAGGUCGGGGAAUACUUCUUGAUUUUGGAAAGAGUAGUGAACUAGAAUCGGUGGUUGAUGCAAAGUAUGAUGGGGAGGUAGAUUAUCUUUGUAUGGAGGCGAAGGAGAGAUGUGGGCUAAGCGCCUUGCUGAUCCGACCUGAUGGAAUCGUCGCAUGGGUGGUGGAAGAUGAUGUGAAGCACGAUAUUGAUGGUCUGAAAGCUGCAUUAGUAGAGUGGUUUAAAUAA